CCAGUUUAAACAUAUUAAUACCAGCCGUAACCGUUCACUUCGUUCUCUCAUUCGUUCCCGUUUGAUCAGUAUCCGUUUGCACUGUGAUAUUACAGGAAAAAGUCAACAUGUCGUCCCCCUCCCCUCGUUGAUAGAUUUGAAAUCCCCAUUUCAAAAGAGGCGUGCUGUGGAUUAGAAGUGCGACAGAUUUUCCCCCCGAGAAUGAAGCAAACCUGAGCUGCAACAGAGUGGGGAACCGGACUGUUGGCGAAUUAUUGAAAGCUCAGAAAGUUGGAGUGUCUCGAAUGGCGAAGCGUACGUGAAUUUCACUUCGCGCGAACAGGAAAAGGAGGACAAGCAGCAACAAGCGCCGCUGAAUUUUGGAGACAACGCUACCUGGACUGUACUGAGUAAAGUCUGUGGAGAAUGUUAUCCAGGUUAAACGAGUAUAUAUGGGCAGACUGGAUUUGGUUUCCGGAUGGCUUCGGUUGGGCGGACCUCAAGGAUCCCGAUGUUGUCCUACCUCAGUUACCGGAUCUUUGGGCUUUCAUUCCUUUUGCCAUCUUAUUCCUGGUCAUUAGACCGAUAUUCGAAAGGUGGGUAGCAAUUCCUAUGGCAUCUCUGCUGGGAGUAAGUGAUAAAAAGCGUGUUGAUCCUCACUUGAAUCCCUUACUGGAAGCCCACUACUGCAGCUUAUCUAAGCACCCCACACAGAGCUCCUUAGAAAAGUUAAGUAAACAGACAGACUUCUCAGUGCGACAGGUCCAACGAUGGUUCAAACAGCGGCGGAACCAGGACCGACCUAGCAAGAUUAAAAAGUUUCAAGAAGCCAGUUGGAGGUUUACCUUUUACUUUUUUGCUUUCUUUGCUGGCCUGGCAACCCUUAUUGAUAAACCAUGGUUCUAUAAUAUGAAGAGGAUGUGGGAUAACUUCCCAAAAAUGCCACUCUUACCAUGUCAGUACUGGUACUACAUGAUUGAACUGGGCUUUUACGUGUCCCUGCUUGUGAGCGUUGCGUCAGAUGUCAAGCGUAAGGAUUUUAAAGAGCAAAUAGUUCAUCAUAUUGCCACCAUUGUGCUCAUUGGCUUCUCCUGGUUGGUCAACUACAUCAGGGGAGGGACUUUGAUCAUGUUAGCGCAUGAUGCUUCCGACUAUCUCAUGGAGUCAGCCAAGAUGUUCAACUAUGCAGGUUGGAAGAGAACGUGCAACUGCAUAUUCAUUGUCUUUGCUGUUGUUUUCAUCAUCACCCGCCUCGUCAUUUUCCCCUUCUGCAUCAUCCACGCAACGAUGGUGUACCCUUUGACCAUCUACCGGCCAUUCUUCGGCUUCUACUUCUUCAACGGUCUGCUGUUGUUGCUGCUGUUGCUACACAUCUUCUGGACGUGGCUCAUCAUACGCAUGGUCAUCAAGUUCCUCCCCGGCAAUAACAUAGUCGAGGACGAGCGGAGCGACAAAGAAGAGACAGAGUCGGAAGACGAAGAAGGCGAUCGGAAUAGAACAUUGAAAAAUGGCCACAUUCACAACGGUCAUACGCCACUAAACAACAACUGCCAAAAGAUGGAUUGAGAGGACAUUGAGAGCAGUGCGAGGUGGGGAAAUGUACAUCCCUUACUUUUGGAAGCCAAAGAAUAGGAGUGUGGCACAAAAAAAAUGGUAGCACUUUAUUUGAUUGUGGCGUCAUAAAACUGUCAUAAGACCUUCAUAAUUAUGAUAUGACACUGUCAUACCUCUGUGAAGUUGGCCCGCCAUCAGAUGCAGAUUUAUAUCAAAAUAAUGUUGAUCGUUUGUGCUACGUUGGUGCUUGUUGGUGCUGCCAUUGUUUUUGAGAUAUUUAUAAUUCUUUUAUAGGUCAAUCUAAAGUCAAACAGCCCCCCAUUUUGAUUAAAAAUGGUGUCAAUCGUUUGUGGUGUCAACAUUUUUGUUUAUUCUGCAACGGUUUUGUAAAUAUUAUGCUUGUAAUUUGUAGUGAUGAUGUCACACAGCACCCCCGUUUACGGCAAAAUGGAACUGUGUUUGUGCUAUGUUUGUGCUCGUUUGUGCUACUAUCGUUUUAUACCUAUAAGAUAUUAGUUUCGAGUGUUAUCGUCUCUCGCAGCCCGUCUGUAUUCUAUCUCCGGCAGCUGAUGGAGCGUACCAACUCUCUUAAUUACAGAGGGGUGACCCAACAACUAGCACAAACGAAGGGCACCACUUCAAGUCCAUUUAGCAGUAACUGUGGGAGACUUGAGAUAUUAAUUUCGAGUGAUGACGUCACCCGCAGCUCCCCUUUACUGCAAAAUGGACAUGAAGUGGUGCCAUUAGUUCUUGCUACGUUUGCGCCAGUUGUUGGAACACCCCUAGGUUAUUGAGCGAGUUGGUACGCUCAGUCAGUCGCUGGAGUUAGGAUACGGAAAGGCUGCAAGUAAUGUCUUCGUUGGAGAUUAAGACCUCAAUAUCUAUAAAACAAUAGCAGCACAAACGAAAAUGUUUACAGGACAAACUAGCAUAAAUGUAGCACAAACGAACGGCACUACUUCAGGUCCAUUUUGCAAUAAAUGGGAGCCUUGAGGUAUUAAUUUUGAGUGAUGACGUCACUCGCAAGUUACUGCAAAAUGGACCCAAAGAGGUGCCAUCCAUUUGUGCUAAGUUUGUGCUUGUUUCUGCUGCUAUCGUUUUAUAGAUAUUCAUUUCGAAUGAUGAUGUCUCUGUAUUCUAACUCCGGUGGCUGACGGAGCGUACCAACUCUAUUAACUACAGACGGCACCACUUUCGUGUCCAUUUUGCAAUUAAUGGUGGGGCUUGAGAUAUUAAUUUCGAGUGAUGACGUCACUCGCAGUUUACUGCAAAAUGCACCCGAAGUGGUGCCAUUAGUUUGUGCUACGUUUGCGCCAGUUGUUGGAUCACCCCUCUCUUAUUAAGAGAGUUGGUACGCUCGGUCAGCCGCUGGAGUUAGGAUACGGAAAGGCGUCAUCACUUGAAAUUAAUACCUCAAUAUCUAUAAAACGAUAGCAGCGCAAAUGAAAAUUUUACAGCACAAAUGUAGCACAAACAAACAGCACGGAUUCUGGUCCAUCUUGCAGUGCGUGGGGAGCUUGAGAUAUUAAUUUCUAGUGAUGACGUCACUCGCAGUUGUCACUCGCAGCCCCCCAGUCAUUUGUUUGUGUGAGUUGUUGGGACACCCCACUGUUAUUUUACAGAGUUGGUACGCUCCGUCAGCCGCUGGAGUUGGUAUGCAGAAGGGCAGCAAGUAACAUCACUCGUAAUUAAUACUUCAGUAUUUUUACAACAAUAGUGGCACAAAUAAAAACAUUUACAGCACAAACUAGCACAAAUAUAGCACAAACCAACAUUUCCACUAUGGGUCCAUUUUGCAGUAAAUAAGGUACUGCGUGACGUCAUCACUACAAACUAAAAGCAGAACAUUUACAAAACUAACAGCACAAACGAUCGGCACCAUUUUUUUAACUGGCUGGCUGACCUCAGAUUGACUUAUAAAAUAAUUGUAAAUAACUCAAAAACGAUAACAGCUCAAAUGACUUUUUUACAGACAAAUGAUUGAAAUCAUUCACAGAGGUCACUGUCAUGAGCAUUUAUGAAUGCUUCUGACAGAUGUCACUAAUCCGGCAAAUUUUGUUACUAACUCCAUUAAUGUCCAGUCUGCAUCAUUUUCAUCCAUUCAAAAGUUGCAUAAUUUGCUGGAUAACACUUCAAAGUGUCAUAAGCAUCCAUUAUUGCUCAUGACAGUGUUAUGUCCUAAUCAUGACGGUUUUAUGACAGUUUUAUGACCCCUACUGUUAAUCAGGCAAAUUUUGUCAGUAACUCCAUUAAUGUCCAGUCCGCUUCUUUUUCAUCCAUUAAAAAGUUGCAUAAUUUGCUGGAUGAAACUUAACGACAUAUGUCGUAAGCAUUCAUUAAUGCUCAUCACAGUGAGAUGUCAUAAUUAUGACUGUUUUAUGACAGUUUUAUGACCCCCAGUAGUUAAUUUGGCAAAUUUUGUCAGUAAAUCAUUUUCAUCCAUUAAAAAGUUGCAUAAUUUGCUGGAUGAAACUUGACCACAUAUGUCAUGAGCACCCAUUAAUGCUCAUAACAGUGACAUGUCAUAAUUAUGACUGUUUUGUGACAGUUUUAUGACCCCACGUAGUUAAUUUGGCAAAUUGUGUCAGUAAAUCUUUUUCAUCCAUUCUAAACUGAUAAUAAUUUGCUGGAUAACACUUAACGACAUGUGUCAUAAGCAUUCAUUGAAGAUCAUGACAGUGGCAUGUCAUAAUUAUGACUGUUUUAUGACAGUUUUAUGACCCCCGCUGUUAAUCAGGCAAAUUUUGUCAGUAACUCCAUUAAUGUCCAGUCCGCAUCAUUUUCAUCCAUUCAAAAGUUGCAUAAUUUGCUGGAUGAAACUUAACGACAUAUGUCGUAAGCAUCCAUUAAUGCUCAUGACAGUGACAUGUCAUAAUUAUGAUGGUUUUAUGACAGUUUUAUGACCCCAAAC